AGAGAAGAGAUGUACAUGACGGAGGUUUUUUGACACCCCUGUGGGUUUUGAUUUGUCUCUCAGGCUUUGGGUUUAGUUUGUUUUUUUAAGACUGACAGAACACGGUGUUGAUUCUGCGUGGGUGUGGAUGUAUCAGCCAGCGCUGUGUGGUACUCCAGUCCAUUCUGAGCCCUGUGGCAGGGGGACCAUGCUUCACCUCCCUUCGGCACUCACCCUCUGUCUGCUCUGCUGGCUCUUCACUGGUAACGCCUUGGACAUCUCAGACUUGACCCUGGUAAACCCAGACACAGUGGUGUCGUCAGUGGACUCUACUCUCCUGUGUGUUAGCAGUGACUGGACAUCCAGCGGUUCCCUCAGGCUGGGGCAUGACUUCCCCCUCCCUGGACACCAGAUCCUCAAUGCUGUACCUGACAAAACCUACCGCAUGGCUGCCAAGUUCACCUGGAAUACACGCAGUGACAUCUUUGGCGCUUUCUACUGUCGAGUCAAAAACUCUGACUCCAGUAAAAUUUACACAUAUAAGAUGCUGAAUGAAGCGACAUUCCGCCCGGAGUCUUUGACCAUCACGGCCAGCGUCCAUGAAAACGUCAACAUCUCUUUUACGCGAAGAAAAGUGAUGGAGGAAGAUCUGGUCAUCUAUAGGAAUGGCUCCUUUGUUCAUGCUGUACCCAGAGCAGAGAUUGAAGAUUCUCUUCACUAUCCCAUUCAUAACGUCUUGGUGUCGGAUGCAGGACUCUACACCAUCCGCUACAUCGCAGGCGCCAUGUCCACCUCCGCCAUCACACGCCUCAUCGUCCGACACUGCGGGGCUGGUUUGUGGGGACCUGACUGUAAGAAUGAGUGCCCACCCUGUGCUAACGGGGGCAUGUGCCACGAUGACACGGGAGAAUGUAUUUGUCCUCCUGGAUUCAAGGGACCUCACUGUGAGACAGUGUGUGGAGAUGGGCGGUUUGGGAAGAGCUGUAAACACCUAUGUAGAGACGGUCAGUGUCGUUCCAUGCUCUUCUGUCUGAGAGAUCCGUAUGGAUGCUCCUGUGCCUCAGGGUGGAGGGGAUUGAAUUGCAGCGAGGCGUGUCCCGGCGGUUUCUAUGGAGCUGGAUGUAAACUGAGGUGUGACUGUCAUGAGAACGCAAAGUGUGACCGGUUCCGUGGCUGUGUAUGCGUGGGGAGACAUGGAGCCCGAUGUGAGAAACAAGACAAAGCUCCUGUAAUCGUCAGCUCUCUCAGGGAAACAGAGCUAAACUCAGGGGCUGUUUACACAGUCAACUGCUCCGCUGUUGGCCAACCAGCAGCGCUUCACGGGGAAAUCAUCCUUUUGAAACCAGACAAAAGUACAGUCUAUGCAGUGGACACAGAGACAGUGAAUGACCAGACCACCUCCAUGUUCAGAGUGGAUAAGAUCACUCUGUCUGAUGCAGGCCGCUGGGUGUGUCAGACCAAAACCACUGCAGGACACACAGAGAAGGACUUCAUAGUUACUGUGAGAGCGCCCCCCCAACCACAGUACCCCCCCCAGCUGAACGGCAGCGGCCCCCACCACCUGGACAUCCACAUCAAUAACGAGGCUUACACAGGGGAUGGGCCUCUGACCUCUGUCAAGGUCGUCUACAAACAGGAGAACACAUCUUUGUGGGAGACUGUGGAAGUGAGCGGUUCCCACGUAAGGCUGGAGAAUCUCAUCCCGAUGACUAAAUACAUAGUGUUUGUACAGCUGAGUAGACGAGGUGUCGGAGGAACAGGCUACCCAGGUCCUGAGGCCAGUUUCAUCACACAGACACAGGAUUUUCCCUUACCCAAAGGGCUGAGAAUGAUCCCACUCAAUCAGACCUCUCUGGCCCUGUCCUGGGAUGCAGUGCUGUCUUACGUUGCAGAGGAGUGGAACUUUAUUGUGGAGUGCCGUAAGCGUGGUCAGAUUGAACAGAGAUACUACCUGCCAUCCAGCUCCACGGGCCACGUGCUGACUAACCUGGAGCCCAGACACAGAUAUGAGUGUUUGGUGUGUCUCAGUUACAGUCUAGUGGAGCAGCGUUGUCCGGCCGUGUCUGCCUGGACCCUCAGUGAUGAGGCCCCUCCUCCACCCUCCAACAUCCUCACCUGUAACAUCACUGACACCUCUGCUGUCGUCACCUGGGCCGUCGCUGAGGGACACUCCAUCUCCAAGGUCGUCAUCCGCUACCAGGUCACGGAGCAGGUCAAUUACAGCCAGCUGGCCGAGCUUGCCGUGCAGCCGGAGCAGACGGUGAUGCAGUUCCAGCUGCGAGGCCUGCGUGCAGACACGUCCUACGUCCUCCAACUCUGGACGGUCAACAACAUGGGAGAGAGCUGCAAACGGCCGCAGGUCCAGCUGCACACUCUCAUCCCUCAGGAGAACCCCCGUUUUCCGGACGUUGCUGCCGACGGGAACAUGCUGUUUGUGGCCAUCCUGGGCUCGGCGGGAAUGACGUGUAUCACCAUUCUGUUGGCGUUCUGUAUUGUCCUGCAGCUGAAACGAGCCAGUGUCCAACACCGCAUGGUUCAAGCCUUUCACAACAUCGUGAGAGAGGAACCAGUGGUCCAGUUCAGUUCUGGUACUCUGAACAUGCCAAAGAAAGCCAAGAACCCGUCUCAGACGGUGGCGUACCCAGCACUGGAGUGGAGUGACAUUAAGUUUGAGGAUGUGAUUGGUGAGGGGAACUUCGGGCAGGUUCUGAAAGCCAGAAUCAAAAAAGACGGACUACGCAUGGAUGCAGCCAUCAAGAGGAUGAAAGAAUAUGCGUCUAAAGAUGACCACAGAGACUUUGCUGGAGAGCUGGAGGUCCUGUGUAAACUGGGACAUCAUCCAAACAUCAUUAACCUGCUGGGAGCCUGUGAGCACAGAGGGUAUCUGUAUGUUGCCAUUGAGUAUGCCCCCCAUGGGAACCUGCUGGACUUUCUGAGGAAGAGUCGUGUCCUGGAGACAGACCCUGCCUUUGCCAUCGCUAACAGCACUGCCUCCACCCUCUCCUCACAGCAGCUCCUGCACUUCGCCGCUGACGUAGCGCGUGGCAUGGACUACCUGAGUCAGAAACAGUUUAUUCACAGAGACCUGGCUGCCAGGAACAUUCUAGUGGGAGAGAACUUUGCGGCGAAGAUUGCUGACUUUGGCCUCUCCAGAGGGCAAGAGGUGUAUGUGAAGAAGACCAUGGGCCGACUUCCUGUGAGAUGGAUGGCCAUUGAGUCCCUGAAUUACAGUGUGUACACCACAAACAGUGACAUAUGGUCAUAUGGGGUACUGCUCUGGGAGAUUGUGAGCUUGGGGGGGACGCCAUAUUGUGGCAUGACUUGUGCUGAACUCUAUGAGAAGUUGCCACAGGGAUAUCGUUUGGAGAAACCGCUCAACUGUGACGAUGAGGUGUAUGAGUUGAUGAGGCAGUGUUGGAGAGAAAAACCUUAUGAAAGACCAUCAUUUGCACAGAUCCUUGUCUCACUCAACCGCAUGCUAGAGGAAAGGAAGACGUAUGUCAACACCACCUUGUAUGAGAAGUUCACGUACGCAGGCAUAGACUGCUCUGCUGAAGAGGCUGGAUGAUGUAUGAACCACCAUUAACCCCAAAAAGGGGCUUCAUUACCCCUCACAUGACUGCAUUACCCAUACACAUCACCACAGUACCCUUACACAUGACUACAUUACCCACACACAACUACAUUACCCACAUACAUGACCACAGUACACAUACACAUGACUCCAUUAUCUAUACACAUCACUACAGUACCCUUACACAUGACUACAUUACCCACAUACAUUAACACAGUACACAUACACAUGACUCCAUUACCCAUACACAUCACUACAGUACCCUCAUACAUGACUACAUUACCCAUAUAAAUGACUACAGUACACAUACACAUCACUACAGUACCCAUACAUAUGACUAUAUUACCCAUACACAUCACUACAGUACCCAUACACAUGACUAUAUUACCCAUACACAUGACAACAGUACCCAUACACAUGACUAUAUUACCCAUACACAUGACAACAGUACCCAUACACAUGACAACAGUACCCAUACACAUGACUAUAUUACCCAUACACAUGACAACAGUACCCAUACACAUGACAACAGUACCCAUACACAUGACAACAGUACCCAUACACAUGACUACAUUAUCCAUACACAUGACAACAGUGCCCCUUAUUGGUGUGUUCCAGUGAGUGCCACCUAGUCACAUUUUACAGAGUCCACUGGCUCUGGUUUCACAGACUACAGAUUUACGCAUAUUGUGUAUCCUGUUUAUAUACUACGCAGGAAGUCAUCCUUUCUGAUCAAAUUUCAGUUUUCAUUCCUGACUGUUGUUGUUGUAGAUGUCUGUGGACAGUAAUGUGAAAAUGUGAAGAUGAUAGUGUGAAUUAUGCUGGCUAUUCAAAUCAAAACCUAAGACUGUAUAUGUAUCAUAGAGAAACUGAGCUGUAACCAACCAUGACUUUUCUAUUCAAAAGACUUUGUAGAUCUAUUGUAAAUAGCACAUUUGUAAAACUGUUUUUGGAUAACUUUACUUUUAACCAAUGUAAGGGAUCCACAGACAUGUUUUGAAAUGCUUUGAAUUUCAUCUAAUUUCUUUUGUUAUUAAAAGACUAUCAGGCCCAAUAUGCAGUGGCAUGGAAAUGAAUCCAGUUGAGACUGAAGACUGUAUCAGUGAGGCUGUUUGUAUCUGUGGAUUGUUUAUAAACAUUCUCUUUAAUUGUU